UUGACGUUGUUGUUGUAAGUGGUGGAGAGAAAUUACUUUGUCGCUGGUGGUCCGGUUUGGGAUUUUACGCUUAGUUCCACCUAUGAAGAUGCUAAAAAGUUAGGAAUUGUUGGUCUUGGAGACGUUUGUGAUACCCAGAAGCUGUUACUUGCAGGGAAACUAAAUGGGACGAUGAGAAAAACAUCUGCGAGGCCGCUGAAGGUGUGGCUGGUAGAGUAACACAAGGCAGAGGACUGGACCCCCUCCCCCCAUCCCCUUGCUGUCCUGUCACGGAGAGCAGAGUCCCUGUUUGUUUUUCUUUUUCUUUUCUUUUUUUUUUUCCUGUCCAGACACAACCCGCAAACUUGUGAAUUCAUGAUCACAUGACCGUGGAUAUGGACGCAGUCCUGUCCGACUUUGUCCGUUCCACUGGAGCUGAACCAGGAUUGGCCAGAGAUCUGCUAGAGGGCAAGAACUGGGAUUUCACUGCUGCCCUCAGUGACUUUGAGCAGCUGCGACAGGUGCAUGCUGGGAACCUGACAUAUUCGUUCGCUGAAGACAGGACGUAUCUGCCUCCAGAAAAGGAGAUGGCGAGGGUAGGGCGGCCUGUACUCCACCGCCAAGAUGAGGUGGUGCAAGCAGCUACAGAAAAGCGCCUGUCGAGGGGUAUUUCCCACGCCAGUUCAACCAUCGUGUCCCUGGCCCGCUCUCAUGUCUCAAGCACUGGAGGAACCAGUAGUGAGCCGCUUCUGGACACGCCUCUGUGCACUUUCCAACUACCAGACCUCACCGUGUACCGGGACGACUUCCGGGGCUUCAUCGAGAGGGACCUUAUCGAGCAGUCGAUGAUGGUGGCCUUGGAACAUGCCGGUCGCCUGAACUGGUGGACGAAAGUGGUUUCGAACUGUCAGAGCCUGCUGCCUCUGGCAACAAGCGGAGAUGGAAAUUGCCUGUUACACGCGGCCUCGCUCGGUAUGUGGGGUUUUCAUGACCGGGACCUGAUGCUACGCAAGUCUCUGUACGCGCUCAUGGAUCACGGGUUGGAGAGAGAGGCACUGAAGCGCAGGUGGAGGUGGCAGCAGACCCAGCAGAACAAAGAGUCUGGUCUGGUGUACACGGAGGAGGAGUGGCAGAAAGAGUGGAAUGAACUGUUGAAGCUUGCCUCCAGUGAGCCGAGAAUACACUACAGCACCAACGGCACCAACGGGGUGGAAUCCUCAGAUGAACCAGUUUAUGAGAGUUUAGAGGAGUUUCACGUCUUCGUGUUGGCGCAUGUCCUCAGAAGGCCCAUAGUGGUGGUGGCGGACACCAUGCUGAGGGACUCCGGGGGAGAGGCCUUUGCUCCCAUCCCCUUUGGAGGCAUCUACCUGCCACUGGAAGUGCCAGCUGCCAAGUGCCAUCGCUCGCCUCUGGUCCUGGCGUACGACCAGGCGCACUUUUCUGCCCUGGUCUCCAUGGAGCAGAAAGACAGCUCCAAAGAGCAAGCAGUCGUGAUUCCUCUCACUGACUCAGAGCACAAAAUGCUGCCUCUGCACUUCGCUGUGGAUCCUGGGAAAGAUUGGGAGUGGGGCAAGGAUGACACGGACAACGUGAUGCUGGCGAGUGUGGCUCUCUCUUUGGAGGCCAAGCUCCAGAUGUUGCACAGCUACAUGACCGUCACCUGGCUGCCCCUGCCCUGUGAGCAAGCCCCUCUGGCCCAGCCGGAGUCUCCCACAGCAUCAGCAGGAGAGGAUGCCCGCACGCCUCCUGACUCAGGAGAGUCAGACAAGGAGUCAGUCAGCAGCAGCUCCAAUGGCAAUGGAGACACAACGACAGGAUCAGUGGUUAAUGGAGGUGGGUCCCUGGCCAAGAACAGCUCCUCUUCCUCUUCCAGUUCCUCCAGCAGUGGAUCAGCAGGGGCGGGAACAGGAACAGCAGGGAAGGACAAAACCAAGAAGGAGAAGGACAAGGACAAAGACAAGAAGAGGGCAGACUCUGUGGCAAAUAAACUCGGCAGUUUUGGCAAGAGCCUGGGCAGCAAGCUGAAGAAGAACGUGGGCGGACUGAUGACAGGAAAGAACGCUGGAGCUGGAGGUGUCAAGCAGGAGGGUGCGGAGAAGAAGAAGGGCUCGUUUAGGGGGAGGAAGGGCAGCAAGGAUGGCUCGCCUUCAGCCCACACCUCAGAGGAUUCUGGGAAAGGCUCCCCCUCCUCAGGUAGCGAGCGUCUCAAUGGAACGGGAAGCAGUAUGAGCAGCAGCGGUGGAAGCAGUACAGAGUGUGAGACCUACAAGUACAGCGCUGAUGUCAAAGUCAGCCUGGGCAUCCUGCGAGCCGCCAUGCAAGGUGAGAGGAAAUUCAUCUUCGCCAGCCUCCUCACGACCAGCAACCGGCAGCCCUUCCAGGAGGAGAUGAUCCAGCGCUACCUCACUGAUGCAGAGGAGCGCUUCCGGGCAGAGCAAGAACAACAACGUCGAGAUGUGGAGAGGAAGGGCAUCACCAACGGCAUCCAGAUACCUAAGAAGGAGACAAUUAUUGGUCCUGAGCUGACCUACCGGCCUUAUGAGGCUAAAGAGGAGCUGUCAGAGAACUCGUCACCGUCUUUUAACCAGCUCAAGCCCACUCCCUUGAGCCCCUCUAUGUACUCUGCUGUUGUGCCCAUCCCCCGGCCCUCCUUCAUAGACCAGCCUCCUGCUGCAGCACCCCUCACCCAGCACCUUCAUAUGCACAGCUACGUGGAUACUCGGCGCCAGCUAGCUGGUGGCUCCCCGGCGACGUCUUACCCUGGCCUCCCCUCAUACGCAACCCUUCCCCGGCACUGCCCCACGGCGCAGGGUCCCCCGCAUCCCCAGUACAAUAACUCACAAGGCCCCGCCUCCCUGAGUCCCUCUCGCCUUGCCCCCUCAUACCCCCCAGAGUUCGACCCACCAGACUACCCCGGGUCUGAACCCCCUGUUGGGAGUUACACCAACGGCUUCCGGGACAUGCGCGCCAACCUAGACUCUCGGAGCGGGCAACCCCCAGUCAGACACUACUCACUGGGCAGCGCCGGUGGUCUGGCCAGCCUGCAGUCCAGCCGCUGUCGGACACCCAGCUGCACCUACUACGGACACCCUGAAACGGGCAACUACUGCUCCUACUGCUACCGGGAAGAGCUCAAAAAGAGGGAGCCAGAAGCAACCAUCCACAGGUUCUGAACAGACCGUGCUGUGGCUUGAAUUUGAUGAGUGGCCUUUUUCAGUUAGUGAAAAAUUAAGUCCGGGGUAGAUCAGCCGCUGAAUGGACAAGAGAAAGGCCAAACCAGCUCCCUCCCUUUUCAGCGGUGUCACUUGCUGUUAGAAUAAACCUCAGAAAGUGGCAGAGAGUCGACACGACUGCAGAAUAAACGGGGGUUUCUGACUUCUGGGGUCACACGUUAGACCAUAGAGUAAACUAACUGCACUUCUGUUACAUUUUGCUGUGGCUCUUAUGCAGGCGUUAUGUAUGAGUGUGUUUGUGUGUGUGAGCUGUAGGCUCUCCUCCUUUAUCAGAGUUUAACGCCUUGCUCCUGUCUCCACCUAGUGGAGAGAAUGUAUAUGGCAGGCACCAUGCGUAACACUCAACGAUGCAUAACACAGUACAUGCACACAUAUACAGGAAGUCAGAUUAACACUACUUCAUACACAGCGAUGCAAGCACAAACAGAAAAGGCAUGAGUGUCUCCGCUCCAUUUGUGGUCUGUGAUAAUGUUUGGAUUGGUUAAUUAAGGGAUGUUUGAGCAUUUUGAAGUCACAUCCUGUUCGGGUGAUUUCAGUGUUACACAGAUUUUACACUACUGUUACUAGAUGCUUGCGUCAUAUGUACCUCGGGAAACAGCAGAAUUAAUCCUUGUCGAAUUGCUUUUUUCGUCAAUCACCAUUUGCGCAAUGCAGACUGAACCAACCGCGCACUGCUAAUGAUGAAGCGUUCUGUGGGCUGCUGUGGUGCUAAUGUUACAGAAUGCAAACGCAUAAAUGUCCAUGCAUUGAAGACAAACUGCUCUGCACUGUUACAAGUAUCGAAAUCACCUAAAAAUCUCUUUUUUAUUUGUCCAAUAAAUUGGAUCAUGAAGAUGUCAGCCUGUUGAAGAAGGUCACGUUAUUGACCAGGCGUUAUAGAACAAAGUCGGCAUGGCAACACAGCACUACGUAAGAUACUGUUCCAAAACCUGAUCCCGAGUAUUUCAUAUGUCUGUUGGAAUGUUUCUCUUCCUCAGUUUGGUCUUCCUCUUUUCUGUAACAACGGUUGGCAUUUGAUUAUUGUGGCCAGCACAGGCUUACAGUACUACACACUACAGAGUCAGAACUUCACAUCCAGCACAUCAGAUUUUGGAGACACUCACCACAUGUGUAUCAUGCUGUUAAGUUAAAUUAUUGAAAUGUUUGAUUUCAUAUAAAUAAAGCAAGUGAACAGAUUUGUUCUUGAGCAUCCAGCACAAGUUUGCUCUCAAGCGACAGGUGACAGUUGUCUCCAGUUUCUGUUUGCAUGAUGCAAAGGGAUGCAUGCACUUUUUAUUGGAUGUGGAUACCUGAUAGGAUUCACGUUGUCUUGACAGAUUCUGGUUACAAGUUAUGAUUCUGAAAAUUGCUGCUUUGAACUGACAAAACCCUCUGCGUUCUGUUGAUUUAACAAAUGUGAACCAUGUUUCAUACAAUCUCAUGAUCACACAAAAGGCUAACUACAAAGUCAGACGUUGCUAAUAUGACAUCCUGAUGCUCAUUAGUUCGGCCGCUCGCUGCAAAUUCUGAGGUUCUAUUGAAGGCGGUACCUUAAUUUCUUGGAUUCGUCCCGCCACAUCCAGUCGCGCUCUCUCUUUUUGCACAAAUUCAAGCACUUUCCUGAUGUCCGUAGUUCCAAAACUUCUUACAGUUUUUGAAGUGGCCUGACUGUUGUCCUUCAUCCAUCUCUGCAGACACUGCCACUUCUGUUCGUGGGAGAUCAGGGCCACAGGGCAGAAGGGUCUCUCUAAAGGAUCCAGUUACUGUAGAGCUACAGCAUUUGGUGCCAGCGUCACCAUCUAACUCAGUUUCCUAGUUGCCUUUUUCAGCAUUUGUCCUCGUGGCAUCACAGUCCUGUUUGUACGUCGUGCAAGACAAGAACAUCAAGUACCCGCUGCUUGCUUCAUCGCCUGCAGUUUCUACUACUACUGCCCCAAAACGUAACAAAUUUUGAAAAUCGUGUUGAAGCUAUUAAGAUGAUGCCUUUAUUCUUUUCAGUUAGGCAUAUCAACUAGAUACAGACUGGUGUUCUGUUUGAGUCUUCCUUCUUACAAUUUCAAAAAUGUAUGGCUCUUUUUAGUUGUGCUAAUCUCAAAAUGACUAUUUAAAUCUGUAAUGUUUUCCCCUAUGAGAAGCCAUGGUGAGGAUUUUUUUCUUUUGAGGUAGUGUGGCUCAAGUUGCUCUAUUCUCCUUGAUUGAAUCUGUUCUUUGGCAUUAAAAUCUAGAAAAAAAAGCACAAUUUAGUAUGCAAUUCACUGCCUUGCCCAGUUGAGGGCACUCUUGUUUUGUUUUUCUUUUAAACUCAGUGUUUUGGCGCUUUCCUUUUGACCUACACUUAAAUUAUAAACAGAAAAAUAACAGAAGGAUUGGGGAAUCAUUUUCAGUAGUGCUAAUUUAACACUAUGUAACGCUAUAUUACAAGAUUUUCUACGUUGCAAAAGCUAGUCCAGGAAGAAGGGAGUCUUUUUGCUGUGCAUUUAAAGUAACACUAGAGUUUUUAAUGACAAUAAAACACUGUUUCCCGAUGCCCCCUCACCCCUCAAAAAAAAAAAGACAUUUGCAUUUGCUGUGUUUCUGUGUGUUGACAUGUGUCCAUGCACUAGCAUUUUAAUUCAGAAGAGACUCAUGAAGUGUUCCCUUACUGUGGGGAGGUGAUGCCUGUUUUCAAAAGAUGUGUAUGUGUGCAUAUUCUCUCUCUCUCGCCCUCCAAAGUAAUAAUUAGCUUACAAAACCGUUUUUUCUUAUUUUAUUUUUUUGCAAUGAAACAGUUGCCUCAGAAACAUGUAAAACAUCAGACUUUACAGGCUACGAAUACUUUUUUGUAUUUAAAUUUAAAAAAAAAAAACUGAGAUGGUUGUAUAAAUAUGUUCAAGUUAUUUUUGUAAGCCCAAAGUUUUACAGUGUUUUUAAAAGGGUAAGAAUGUAUAUUGUUGGAUAGUGAAACACGUACGGAUGAUAAGCUUGUCAGAGCCUGGAUUUGGGGUAGAAUCUGUGUUUUCCCAGAAAGUGACAUAUUGGCCAUCGAAGGCGACUCCCAGACGAGCCUCCUGAUACUCGAGGCGCGCUCAUUGCAAACUAAUUUCCUCAAUGUUGACCUAACAAGACACCAUUUGAGAAUAUAUAUAUUUAUAGUGAGAUUUUUUAAUAGGUUUCCUUGUGGAAUGUUUAGUUGCAACAUUUUAGGAUGUUCUUUCUCACAUGGCUAAUUGUCUAGCAGUCCAGCUUUUUAUUUGUUUGUUGCUUUUUUUUUUUUUUUUACUUUGUACAUUUUGUUUACUUCUUUUCUACAGCCACCGAUCUGUGCUCUGCUAAAACAUGACAGUGACAUGUUCUUGUUGACCCAGCUCGUUUCCUCCAAACCAGAAGAGAAAUGGCUCAGAAUUAGUUUUUGUGACACAGCUGACCCGAUAUAUUUUUAUAUAUUGUACAACACUGUAAUUUCUGCGUGGACGGAAGAUUCAUCAUCAGUUACAUUAACAUGGAAUCCUUCGAGUUGCAUGGGACUGGAACUGUUGCAUGUAAAUGGCGAUCCAUUUUACCAAAUUUGUGCAUUAUUUUAACUUGAUUUCAUUUGUCCUGGUGUUUUGAUCUGUCUUUAUUUUUUAUUUGUUUUAAUGUUUUUGCUCUUGUUUUGUUUUUGUUUGUUUCUUUGAGAGGAGAGCCCUAAGGCUGUGUGACAGUGCAAUCUGGAUAGAAAGAACAUCAGAUUUUAUGUUUUAGGUUAUUAUUAUUAUUAUAAUUAUUAAUUUUUUUUGCACCGUUUGAAUAAAUUCUCAUUGUAUUUCAAGAA